AUGUCUUCCUCCUCUAACCAAAACCAAUUGGUGAUGUGGAAUUACAUGUGCCUAGAAUGUGACGUCGAUAUCGCGGUUAUCGCUAUCCCAUCUUCUUCCUCUACUUCUCAUCCACACUGUCCUCAAUGUGGUAUCAUUUCUUCUUUCAUUUCUUCGGGCCCUUUUGGAGUUAGAUCUGCUGAGGAUGAUGAUAGCGAAGACGAGGAGGAGGAGCAACAAAUUCUCGAUCCAAUGGAAGCAAUUCCGACCGUUGAGAUCUCAUCUUCAAUGGUGCGUGGUUCUUCCUCAGACGAAUCUUCUUUGCUAUGCGCCAUUUGUAUGGAAGAUUUCGUUGUCGGAGAAUCUGCUAGGAGAUUGCCAUGCAACCAUUUAUACCAUAAUGAUUGCAUUGUUCCUUGGCUCACAAGUCACAACUCCUGUCCUCUCUGUCGCUGCCGGUUCAAUAGCUACUGGAGACGACAGUGGUUCGAUGUAUUGACCCUAGAGGAUGACUUGGAGGAAGAUCGUACGGGACUCACUCUCGAUGUGUACCAAAAUCUAAACGGCUAA